CAGACAUGGUGCUCAGAAGAGGGUUAUGUUGACCUACUCUUUAUUAGAUGAUAUGUUGAAAUAGAGAUAUAAUUAUACAAAUAUUUGUGGAAAUUAAUUAGACAUUGUUUAUUAUUUAUUUCUUCCAAGUGUAAGCAAUGUUUUCAAAAAGGAUAUUGAUUCGAUUGCAAGAGAGCUGCAGAGUAAGGAAUUGGGCUCCAACCAGGCUUUUUGCUAGCAAUGAAUUUGAAGAAAAACAUAACCCAUCAACUCAAAGAGCUUAUGAAAAAACUAUCAACCAGGUGACCCUAUUAGGUAGGGUUGGUAACGAGCCUCUUAAAAAAGGCACUCCGGAGCAUACUGUUGUCGUGUUCUCUCUGGCAACCCAUAACAAUUACCGAUAUGAAACUGGUGAAUUCAAAGAAAAGACAGAUUGGCACAGAAUAUGUGUUUUUAAACCAUCUUUGCAAGAUUUGACUUUCUCAUAUUUGCGUAAAGGUAUGCGAAUUUACGUAACUGGAAAGAUAGGUUACGGUUCAAUCACCGAUAGUGGAACCACCAAAGCUGUGACAUCAAUUGUCGCCGAAGAUAUUAUCUUUCUUCAUCAUGAUGGCAGUGGAUGAUUAAUUUUUGUUCUGUUACUCUUUAUAUGUAUUGGUAUAAAUACUGUAUGUACGUUCAGUGAACU